AUGGAAAAUGUAUCUAAAGAACAAUUAUCAGAGAUUAUAGAAUCUUUAAAUACUAUUAUGCUUACCAACCCAGAUCUAUACUUAAAGUUGGCACAUGAGGAAUUCAAAAAUAACAAAAAUUUAAAGAUUUUAGAUGUUGAUAUCAAAUAUAUAGUAAAGUCAAAUUUCGUUUACAUUGAUAUUUCUUCUCCUAUGACUAAAGAUAUCAUAAAACUAGGUAGUAUAUUUAGAUUAGAGCUGAAAAUAGGAUUUACGAAAGAAAUGCUAAAACCACAAAUUAAGGUUGGAAGUCAAUAUAGACAGGCAGAAACCUUGGAAGAGCUUAAUACCUCCGAACUGACCGUCAGUUUUGACAAUUUCUUGGAAAAAGACAUGAAAACUGAUAAUGAAGGAGUGACAAUUUUGGAAGUAGAGGCUGUUUUGCAUGAGAUGGUAUUUGAAAAGAUUUCAAAAGAUGAAAUUUUCAAGUAUUAUAUGAUCUCAAUAAUUCAUGAUCGAAUUCUUCUUAGAUUAAAGGCUCAGAUUGUUCCUCAAAAUUCACAAAAAAUUAUUGAAAAGAUUUUCUCAAAAGCUAUUAUUGAGAAGCUGAUCCCAAAAAGUGGAACUUCUAACCAAAUUGGUUUUUCUAAAAACGAAAUGACCAUCUAUGAUUUGGAAUUCAUGAAGAUGAAAAAGCAAUCUAUUAAGCACGUACUGAAUCUUACAUGCUAUACAUCUUAUGAUGAAUUACUUAGUGAAAAGGACUCCGAAUUAAAAAAUGUGCAACAACCAUUCGAGGUACAAACUAAGGUUGUUGAGGAAGUAGAGUUCCUGAAUCAUAGAAAGACCAGUGAACUACCUAAGGAUUGGAAAGAAUUAGAUAAUCUUAGUGGAAUUCAAAUCAAAAAUGACUAUUUGCCUAUCAAAUUUAAAGCAUUAUUGAGCUCAGGAAAGCUGGUUUUUCUAUUUCAAUUUAAUGGUCCUAAAGAGUUCAUUAGCAAUCUAUAUAGAGCAAAUGCUAAUGUAAGUAUAUUAUCUGCUAGGGUAACUUAUGAUUCAAACGUAAUUAUACAUAUUAAUUUGGAGAAUUUUAUUCAGGAAUACCACCAAUGUUCUCUAUGUAAGCCGACUUUUGACUAUAAAAACUCCAUUUUAAUGUGCAACCAAAAAUUCCUAAAGCUUUCUCUUACUGUUAAUAAUAUAUGUGAUGCCGUUAAGCACAAGCUUAAGAUUUGA